UUCAGAAAAUAACAUUUUUCGCGCCAAAUAAUUCCACUGAAGUCGAAAUGUUUUUCCCCAAACCCAUUCUCCAGAGAGCAAAAGCCCUAUACUCACACAAAAUCCCGCGCAGCCUCCUUUUCAUUCGUUUAUUUUCAGAGCUGGAAGAGAAGUAGCUCUUUUCAGUCCUUACUUUCAGAUCUGGAAGAGAAGUAGCGCGAGUUUCUCUCUCUCUCUCUCAAGAAUGGCUACCGUUAAUAGUUACUCUGAGACUCAGGGUUACCAAGGCAACACACCAAUGCCCACACCUACCGUGGCGACCUCAAAGCAGCCUGCCCCUGUCGCUAAGAGCGUCGACACCCAAUCUGUUCUGAAAAGGCUACAGUCAGAAUUGAUGGCCCUAAUGAUGAGUGGGGAUGCUGGCAUAUCUGCUUUUCCUGAGGAAGACAACAUAUUCUGCUGGAAGGGUACAAUCUGUGGAAGCAAAGCUACUGUUUUUGAAGGAACAGAUGACAAGCUCUCACUAUCUUUUCCAACUGAUUACCCAUUCAAACCUCCCAAGGUCAAAUUUGAAACAAGCUGCUUCCAACCUAAUGUAGAUGUCUUUGGUAACAUUUGCUUGGACAUCCUGCAGGAUAAAUGGUCAUCAGCUUAUGAUGUGAGAACCAUUUUAAUCUCUAUCCAGAGUUUGCUUGGAGUUAUCCCUGUCUGAUUUAUUGGUGCUGAUGUUUAUCAACUCUGACACUUCAUUGCCGCAGCUUGAAACAGAUGGAAUUUUAUUGAUGCAACAAUGUCUCUGCUUUGCUUCUCUGUUUCUUUGCCAAUGAUGACUGGUGAGAAAGAAGCUGAAUCUGAACUUCUUGUGUUUGGAUUGUGCAAAGUAUUACUUUAGUACCUUGGCUUUUUGACUCCAAAACUCAUAGAAUCUAAAUGGGAUAAAAUCUACCUUGAAAAUGCAGUUUAGUAAUUAAGUUUUCAAAACUUUAUCUUGGCUGGCCAGCACACCAAAACACACCCCUCUUAGUCCUGAUUUUUGUGUACUUGUACCCCAACAAUUGGUCAAAGAGCAUCCAAUGUAAUUUUUAAUUUAAUUAUACUUGUGUAAGUAUAUCUAGUUUUACUACUUUCCGCCUAGUUUCGGUUAAGCUAACAAUAGAGUAUUUGCUUCUCUAUUUGUGAGUUAUGAAAAGAAGACAUCUUCUGGGGAGAAUGUCAUCUUAUAAAUAGUUGUAAUAAGUUAUUUUUCAUCACUGGUGAUCCUUUUCAUUUUAAAUGAUGGCAAUAAUGAUCUUUCUUUUAUUUUUUGUUGUCUUCAUUUUAUAGUCUGUUCUAAAAUUAUCUUUUGGGUACUUGU